AAGAAAAGACCACCCCAAAUAACCUAAACCUCUCAUGGCCUUGUCACGAAAACAACUCUUAUUGUUGUUCCUCGCUGAUGUCCUUCUCAUGCUCUUGCCAGAAAUGCCUUGUCUUGCUUCAUCUCGAAGCUCUUCUAUAGUGGCCCUCGCUGGUGCUGGCAACAAAACGAGAAAUGAAGAAGUGGAGGCACUCCUAAAAUGGAAAUCUGAGCUAGACACUGGGAGUCGCUAUACUUUGUCUUCCUGGAAUGGAAGCAACCCUUGCUCAUGGCGCGGAAUCCAUUGUGAUCCUCUUGGGAGCAUCGUGAGCUUGAACCUUUCCGAUUCUGCCAUACAUGGUAAGCUUCAUCAUCUCAAUUUCUCCCAAUUGCCUAGCUUGGUCACCCUUGAGCUUGGCAACAACUCGCUCUACGGCAACAUCCCUCCAAGUAUUGGCGAUCUUUCCAAGCUUACUCAUCUUUACUUGGAUCGAAAUAACCUUUUUGGAAACAUUCCAACUCAACUUUGGUCGUUGCAAUCUUUACAAUUUCUCGAUCUUUCGGCAAACAAUCUCACCGGCCCAAUUCCCAAAGAGAUAGGUAGCUUGAGCAACUUGACCGACCUAUUCCUUUCAAGUAACAAACUUUCUGGUUUCAUCCCUAAAGAAAUAGGAAGGCUCAAGUCUCUUAGUGUUCUCUACCUAGCUUACAACCGCAUCACCGGUUCAAUUCCUUCUUCCAUUGGAAACAUGAGCAGCUUGAUGAAAAUAGAGCUCUUGGGCAAUGAACUUGUCGGGUCCAUUCCAAAGGAAAUAGGAAUGUUGGAAUCUCUCUAUGAACUUGAUUUGUCUUCCAAUAAUCUCAAUGGAUCCAUCCCCGGAACUCUGGGAAAUCUGAGUAAUUUGAUAUUUCUGUACCUCUAUGGCAACCAACUUUCUGGCCCCAUACCUCCAGAAGUUGGAAGAAUGAGAUCUCUCGUAUAUCUUCAGCUGCUAAAUAAUCAUCUAACAGGUUCUAUCCCGGUGUCCAUAGGGAACUUAAGUAACUUGCGUCAACUUGCCAUUUCAAAUAACGAGAUAUCCGGUCCUAUUCCUAAAGAAAUUAUGCUUAGAUCUCUCUAUCGACUUAGUCUUGACUCCAACAAUCUCACAGGCUCCAUCCCUAGUUCUAUAGGACAGUCCAGCAAAUUGCUUGAGCUGGUACUUCGCAACAACAGUCUGGGGGGCUUUCUUCCCAUUGAGAUCAAUAAUCUCACAUGGCUCACGACCCUGCAGCUGAGCAAUAACAAUUUUGUUGGCAAAUUGCCACAAGAUAUUUGCAGUGGCGGAAGUCUUCGAUCUUUUGCUGCAAAUGACAAUCACUUCACUGGUCCAAUUCCACGAGGUCUCAAAAACUGCACGAGUUUGUAUAGGGUCAGGCUCCAAAACAACCAGCUCAAGGGAAAUAUAUCCGAGGAUCUCGGCACACACCCUAGCUUAGAUUAUCUUGAGUUGAGCAACAAUGAACUAUAUGGUGAGCUACCACCGAGACUGGGUGAAUAUAGCAAUUUGACAAGCCUGAAAAUCUCCAACACUCGAAUCUCAGGCAUGAUACCCCUUGAGCUUGGCAAGAUGAGUCAAUUACAUGAACUUGACCUCUCAUCAAAUAGUCUUGUUGGGGAAAUUCCAGAAGACUUAGGGAAGCUAGAGUCUCUUCUAGAGCUCUCACUCAAUGACAAUCAUCUCGUAGGCUACAUACCUCGAGAACUCGGAACAUUGUCCAGUCUGUCAACAAUUAACAUUGCCGGAAAUAACCUAAGUGGCUCAAUACCUAAAGAACUUGGGGACUGUUUGAAGCUUCAAUUUUUGAAUUUAAGUAGAAACAAUCUUGACAGAAGUAUUCCCAUCGAGAUUAGCAAUCUUCAAUCUCUUCAAAUUCUCGAUCUGAGUCAAAAUUUUCUUACGGGAGAAAUACCUAGACAACUUGGGAUUAUGCACCGAUUGGAAAUACUCAAUCUCUCACACAAUCAGCUCUCGGGUUCAAUUGUGUCGACCUUCGAUGACAUGACAAGCUUGACAUCGAUCGACAUAUCGUAUAACGAGUUAGAGGGUUCUUUAACAGACAUUCCAGCUUUUCAUAAUGCUACAAUUGAAGUUGUGAGAGGGAACAAAGGCUUAUGUGGAGUUAUUGUUGGUCUCAACCCCUGUACAACAACAAUGUCAAAAGGCCAAAACAAAAACAAAAAGUUGCUGCUAAUUUUGAUUCCUACUUUGGGUUGCCUAGUUUGUUUGCUUCUUGUUGUGGGGGCUUCAAGUAUUUUAUGCAGAAGAGAAAGGAAAACAAAGGCUAGGUCGAUCGAUGAAAGUAAUGAAUACCUGUGGGCAGUAUGGAGCUUUGAUGGAAGAAUGGUUUAUGAGAGCAUUAUUGAAGCCACGGAGGAGUUUGAUGCCAAAUAUUGCAUCGGUGUGGGAGGACAUGGGAGUGUUUACAAGGCACAGUUGAAAACAGGUGAGACUGUUGCUGUAAAGAAACUUAAGGAAGCAUCGGAUGUUGAAAUGGCGAGUCGAAAAGCAUUUGAAAGGGAGAUUCAUGCUUUGACUGGAACUCGGCAUCGGAAUAUCGUCAAACUCUAUGGCUUUUGCUCGAGUUCUCGAUAUUCAUUUUUGGUGUACGAGUUCUUGGAUUGUGGCAGCUUAAAAGAUGUAUUGAACAAUGAACAAAGGGUAAAAACAUUUGAUUGGAAUAAGAGACUGAAUGUUGUUAAAGGUGUGGCUUAUGCUUUGUGCUACAUGCACCAUGAAUGCUCUCCUCCUAUAAUUCAUCGAGACAUAUCGAGUAAGAACAUUUUACUGGAUGAAGAAUAUGAAGCUCACGUCUCUGAUUUUGGCACGGCUAAGGUUCUACAACCUUAUUCAUCCAAUUGGACUUCCUUUGCGGGCACCUUUGGAUAUGCAGCUCCAGAACUCGCAUACACAAUGGAAGUAAACGAGAAAUGCGAUGUUUAUAGUUUCGGAGUGAUGACAUUGGAAGUAAUCAUGGGAAGACAUCCGGGUGAUCUCAUAUCAUCUCUUGCAUCCUCAUCUUCAUUGUCCUUGCGCCAUUCAACAGCUUCUUGGCCAUUGAAAGAAGUUUUAGAUCAAAGAAUUCCAUACCCGGAAGGUGAUGUGCUUGGAGAAGUGGCCUUUGCGACAAAGAUGGCAUUUUCGUGCUUAAGUCCCAAACUGGAGCAUCGUCCAAGUAUGCAGCAAGUUUCUCGAGUGAUAUCAACACAUAGCUCGAUCAUGUUAAGCGCAUCGGAAAACAUCAAAUUGGAAGAACUAGUUGAUCCUACAUGCUUCACUUAUUGAGAUAUUUUGGUUUUUCUGUUGCAACCUUUGUAGAAAGCUGUCUCAUGUAUUUUAUUUAUCUUAGUCAACUUCAUUAUCUAUC